AUGGAUUCAUAUUCAUCCCCUGAUUCCGCAGCUGAAAUCCUCAAAACUCAAGAUCGUCUUCUCUCAGCCCGGUCUGUGCCUAGCGUGGCUCCAUAUAAACUCUCUGUUAUUGAUCAACACUCAAUGGUUUGGUCCAGUGAUUUGAGCAAUCACUGGAAGUUCUUUCAAGCAUUUUUUCGGACACAUUUGUUCUCACCUAAAGCGGUAGAGUCACAGGCUGCUCUCAGGAAGAAAAAAGUGUCUGAAAUGAUAGAUUUCCUUAGCUCCAGGAAAGGGAAAACUGUGAAAAUUUCUGAAAUUUUGUUUGGUGCCAUUUUAAACACGUUAGGAAACCUUUUCUUUUCAAAAGAUUUAUGUGAUUUGAAUUAUGAAACGAACACCAGUGGGAUCAAACUUGUUAUUAGAAAAUUGCUAGAGUUGGGGGCAAUGCCAAAUAUAUCAGAUUUCUAUCCUCUAUUUGAUGCUCUAGAUCUGCAAGGAUUGAGAAAGCAGACUGAACUAUAUCAAAAUCAAUUGUUCAACAUCUGGAGUGAAAUUGUAAAGGAAAAAAGGCAGGCAAUUAGUCUUGGUAGCUCGGACUUUUUGGAUGUCAUGAUUGAUAGUGGAUUCUCGGAUUUACAAAUCAAUAUCUCAUUGCUAGAAUUAAUUGUUGCAGGUUCUGACACCUCUACCUCAACAAUUGAAUGGGCAAUGGCAGAAUUGCUAAGAAACAAGGGCGCCAUGCACAAACUUCAAGCUGAGCUUACUAGUAAGAUCAGAGAAAAUGAUAUAAUCAAGGAAUCAAACAUCAGUGAACUUCCAUAUUUGGCUGCUUGUGUCAAGAAGACAUUGAGGAUCCAUCCGCCUACUCCCUUCUUGAUUCCUCGUCGUGCUCCUGAAACGUGUAAGAUUAUGGAUUACUCCAUCCCAAAGAACUCGAGGUUAUUUGUGAACGUUUGGGCAAUAGGUCGCGACUCUAAAACAUGGGAAGAUGCAUUAUCUUUCCGGCCUGAGCGGUGUCUUGACUCCAAUGUGGACUUCAGGGGUCAAGAUUUUGAGUUCAUACCAUUUGGUGCAGGGAGGAGAAUAUGCCCCGGCUUACCCUUUGCUAGACAAGAAGUUCACUUGAUUUUAGCUAGUUUGAUCCAUCAUUUUAAGUGGUCACUACCUAAUGGUGAGGAUCCAAUGCAGUUAGAUAUGAAAGAAAAGUUUGGUGUUACUCUACAGAAAGAAAAGUCUCUACCGGUUGUUCCUAUAUAAUAUGUGUAUGU